GUUCCUGGUUUCCAGCAUGGCCGCCAUUACCUGACCAGCGCCACGGCCGGUCUGUCCGCGGCGCCUGGAGAAGCUCCCACAGGGGUCUCUGCUUUUCACGGGGCAGGUUUCUCACCUCCGUCGCGUGGGAAGUGUCUUCUGCCUCCGGGGCAUGGCGCAAAAGCAGCACUAACUGCCCGAAGCCUCCGCUCCCUCUCAGGAUGCCGCUGGGGUGGACCCAGGGGGGCACGAUGUGGCUCCGCGGCCUGCUGACAUUUCUGCUCUGUUCAAGCCUUGAGGGUCAAGAAAACUCUUUCACCAUCAACAGCAUCCACAUGCAGUUCCUGCCGAAGCAGGAGGUGCAAAAUGGGGAGAACCUGACCCUGCAGUGCGUCGUGGAUGUCAGCACCACGUCUAGUGUCAAGCCUCAACACCAGGUGCUGUUCUAUAAGGAUGACGUGCUGUUUCACAACGUCUCCUCCAUGGAGAACACAGAGAGUUACUUUAUUCCCCAAGCCCGGGUCUAUGACGCAGGGACCUAUAAAUGCACCGUGAUCCUGAACAACAAGGAGAAAACGACUGUGGAGUACACGGUGUUGGUGAGAGGAGUGUCCGAUCCCAGGGUGACGCUGGACAAGAAGGAGGUCAUAGAAGGCGGGGUCGUGAUGGUCAACUGCUCUGUCCCGGAGGAAAAGGCUCCAAUACAUUUCACAAUUGAAAAAUUCGAACUAAAUGUAAAAGGCGUCAAGCAAAAAAGAGAAAAAACUUCCCAGAACCAGAAUUUUGUGACGCUGAAAUUCACAGUUGAAGAGCAAGACCAUGCUAUAUGGUUCCAGUGUCAAGCUAGGAUCGUUUCCGGGACCCACGUGGAGCCCUCUAGGUCCAUCAGGAGUGAACUGGUCACCGUGAGGGAAUCCUUCUCUAAUCCCAAGUUCCACAUCAGCCCCAAGGGAACGAUCAUAGAAGGGGAUGAUCUCCACAUCAAGUGCACCAUUCAAGUGACGCACCUGGCCCAGUCAUUUCCGGAAAUCAUAAUCCAGAAGGACAAGGCGAUUGUAGCACACAGCAGGCACGGCAACGAGGCCGUGUACUCAGUGAUGGCCACGGUGGAGCACAACGGCAACUACACGUGCAAAGUGGAAGCCAGCCGCAUAUCCAAGGUCAGCAGCAUCGUGGUCAACAUAACAGAGCUGUUUUCCAAGCCAAAGCUGGAAUCUUCCGCCACACGUCUGGAUCAGGGGGAAGGCCUGAACCUGUGGUGCUCCAUCCCAGGAGCACCUCCAGCCAACUUCACCAUCCAGAAGGGAGGCACGGUUGUGUCGCAGGCUCAAAAUUUCACUAAGAUAGCCUCAGAGUGGGACAGUGGGACAUACACCUGCGUCGCGGGCAUCGGCAAGGUGGUCAAGAGCAGCAACGCGGUCCAGAUAGCUGUGUGUGAAAUGCUUUCCAAGCCCAGUAUUUUUCAUGACUCCAGAUCUGAGGUGAUAAAAGGACAGACCAUAGAAGUCAGUUGUCAAUCCAUAAAUGGAACCUCACCCAUUUUUUAUCAGCUUUCAAAAGCAAGUAAGACUUUGGCGAGUCAGAGCAUGGGCUCCAAUGAGCCCGCAAUAUUCAAAGAUAACCCAACGAAAGAUGUAGAAUACCAUUGCAUCGCGGAUAAUUGCCAUUCCCACACCAAACUGGUCAGUGAACUUCUGCAGGUCAAGGUGAUAGCCCCGGUGGAUGAAGUCAAGCUCUCUAUCCUGUUGAGUGAGGAGGUGGAGUCUGGGAAGCCCAUUGUGCUUCGAUGCUCCGUGAAUGAAGGAUCUAGUCCCAUCACAUACAAGUUUUACAGAGAAAAGGAGGGCAAACCCUUCUACCAAGUCACCUUGAAUGACACCCAGGCCAUUUGGCACAAGCCGAAGGCUAGCAAGGAGCAGGAGGGACAGUAUUACUGCACGGCCUCCAACAGAGCCAAUCUCUCCAAAAAUGUCCUCCAAAGCAACACCCUGACAGUCAGAGUCUAUCUUGCCCCCUGGAAGAAAGGACUUAUUGCAGUGGUUGUCAUCGGAGUGAUCAUUACCACCUUGAUACUUGGGGCCAGAUGCUAUUUUCUGAAGAAAGCCAAGGCCAAGCAGAUGCCGGUGGAGAUGUCCAGGCCAGCAGCACCACUUCUGAACUCCAACAAUGAGAAGACGUUGUCAGAUCCCAAUACUGAAGCCAACAGACAUUAUGGUUACAAUGAAGAUGUUGGAAACCAUGCAAUGAAGCCAUUAAAUGAAAAUAAAGCAGAGCCUCUGACCUUGGACGUGGAGUACACUGAAGUGGAAGUGACCGCCCCUGAGCCUCACAGAGGUCUGGGAACAAAGGGCACGGAGACGGUGUACAGUGAAAUCCGGAAAGCUGACCCUGAUUUCGUGGAAAACAGAUAUUCUAGAACGGAAGGCUCCCUUGAUGGAACUUAGGACUCCGAGAGCACACGCCCCUCCCUGGGAGGACACCCACAUGCUGAGAAGAGCGGAUGAUUCCUGUAUUCCAAGAGUUUUGUGCACUUAUUUAUGAACCUGCCCUGCUCCCACCGAACGUGGCAAUUCCUCAGGCCAAGUCACCAGUUCUUAAAUCCAUCUUAACUACAUUUAUGUUGGGUAUAAAGGGCCAACAGAGGGGCUGGUUAAUUUCCCACACGGCCCGCCUCCCACCAAGCCGGAGCACCCUCGGGAGUGGAGGGAAGCAGCAGGAGGUUCAGAGUAAACUGGCCACUGAGAUAUUUUGAAACUUGAAUAUUUUGUCUUGUACAGAGAUCAAGAACUUUUCCAAGUCCCCUCAUACACGGAAACCGGUUUCUGUUUUGUAGUCAAUCCCUCCUAGCGAAUGGCCUGACUUGGGGGCUAGUUUUUCUCUUUGCCUUUGGUCCUUCAGGGGUCUGUGGUUCUGGGCAGUCCUUGUUCCUUGGAAGUGCACAGCAUGGACCAGACAGCUGCACCCUGUCCCCUCUACCACCUCACCUGCCACAGAUGGGAAAACAGAGCUGCUUGGGCGCGACCCCUUUGAGAUGCCAACUUGAAGAUGAGGUUCAUUCUGUGCAAGGCACCAAAUAGAAAAUGAAGUUGGACAAAGCACAGAUGUUCUUGAGCUGGUUUUCUAUUCCCUUUCUUUCUUUUCCUCUACCGUGCUGAAGGCCGAAGGACAGGAAGAUGGUUGCCUCCAGCAAAUAUUUUUUUUUAAUAGAAGAAUGAAAUGCCUAUUUUUCUUACUAAUUUUUUGUUAUUUAUUCCUUGCUAAAGGAAUGGUCUCCCGAGGUCUUCAGAUGUUUCUGAUGGUGCCCUGAGUGGGUGGAUGAGGGGCUGCGGCCAUUCUGCGGUGGGAUUGCACGAGUGAGCACACCCAAGCGGAACCACCUCCCUUGUCCUCCUCAUUGACACAGCCGCAGGGACCCUGAGGGGUGUUGUAUUAAAUAAAUUUGAUCUUUACUCUUCA